AGGUAUGUAGAUGAAACAUUCACGGUACUUAGAACACAGGAUAUAGAUAAAUUUUUCGGACAUAUUAACUUCAAGGUGGAAGCAAUUCAAUUCACUUAUGAAUUAAAAAGUCAGGAAGGGGAUCUUCCAAUGUUAGAUUGCAGAGUAAAAAGGAGAGAAGAUGGGAAGUUAAACACUAGUGUUUACAGAAAACCCACACAUUCAAACAGAUAUUUGGACUUCCGAUCAUCCCAUCAUAUGUCAGUGAAAAUAAGAUUGGUGAAAUGUUUAGGUAAUAGAGCACAAAAACUAAGAAGUACCAAGGAAAAUCUAAGACAGGAAGUGAGGCAUAUGAGAGAAACUUUGAAACUUAAUAAUUACGCGGAUAAACUAGUCAGAAAGUAUGUAGGAAAAUGUAAAAAUAAGAUAAAUAAUGAUAGUAGUGAUAGUGAUAAUAAUACUGACAUGCAUGUCAAACAUGCGCAGGAUAAUGACAAUACCAACCAUAAGGACUCUAAAUCAUCAUUGGUAAUUCCAUACAAGGAAGGAACCUCGGAAACCACUUCAAGGUGGAGAAUUCUUAACAAUGCAGGCAGGAAUAAAAGUAGCAUUCAAACCCACAAACUCAAUUAGAAACAAACUUUGUCGGCCAAAGGAGCCAUUAAAACAAAACAAUUUAGUUUAU